AUGCAAAGGUACAUCCUCGUAUUGAUGUGGUGGAUACAAGCAGCGCAGGCCUUUCCAUGUGCACAUCGAUACUAUGGAAGUAAUCAUACAGUGUGCGUGUGCAAUUCUACUUAUUGCGACAGUACGCCACCCUUCAACGUUUCGGAUGAUGGUUCUUACGUGCAAUUCACGUCUAGUAAAGCCGGUCUAAGGUUCAGGAAGACGCGGGGUAUUUUCGGUUGUGAAACUACAUUAGGAAAUAGUACCCGUUUAUUUGUAGAUACUAAAGAUGUCUAUCAAAGUAUUCAGGGGUUCGGAGGUGCUUUCACGGACUCAACAGUACUGAACAUAAAAUUACUCAGCAAAGAUGCACAGAAGAAUUUACUCAGAUCGUAUUUCGGCCCAAACGGUAACAGGUACAACCUGGUGCGUGUUCCCAUUGGUGGCACUGAUUUCUCCCCCAGGAAAUACAGCUACUGCGAUAAGUGCGAUGAACACACGUCAGAACCGAACUUUAGCCUGACAAAGGAAGACUACGAGGACAGAAUUCCGUUGUUGCACAAUGUUCUUGAAUUGAAUCCGAUAGUCAGAUUGUUUGCAGCAGCAUGGACAGCACCACCAUGGAUGAAAACGAAUAAUGAUUACGUAAAUGGAUCGUUAAAGGAAGAGUACUACCAGCUGUACACUGAAUGCCUCUUAACGUUCCUGGAAAAGUACCGAGACCAAGGAUUGGGAAUUUGGGCAAUCUCGACAGGAAAUGAGCCGAAUACCCAAUUCGUAAACGUAAAUCCUAUCAACUCUAUGUCGUGGACGCCACUCGCCAUGGCCAAGUGGGUUUCCCAAAACCUUGGACCAACGUUACGCACCUCAAAGGACAAUCAGACUCUGAUACUCGGUCUGGACGACAAUAGAAACCAAUUGACCUCUUUCUAUGAGGAAUUCAUGAGUAACGAAAUGGUCGCGAAUUACAUAGACGGAACCGCUGUUCAUGGGUAUCUGGACGGGGUGACUUCCACAAGUUUGCUUGAUCAAAUCCAUUCUAAGUUUCCCGAAAAAUUCCUCAUAAUGACUGAAACCUCCAUAUUAACUGUAUCAACAAAAUCGAAGAAACCUGUCUCUUUGGGGUCUUGGAAACGAGGGGAACGAUACAUGCUGGAUAUAAUUGAAAACCUGGAACACUGGGUAACCGGUUGGGUGGAUUGGAAUCUCGUUCUAAACCAAGAUGGAGGACCCACCUGGAUUGAAAAUUAUUUGGAUGCUUCAAUUAUCGUGAACCCGAGCGCAGACGAAUUUUACAAACAGCCAAUGUUCUACGCUAUUGGCCAUUUCAGCAAGUUUGUCCCGCGGGAUUCUGUAAGGAUAGGAGUUCUCCAAUGUAAUCGGUCUAAUGACAUCAAAUCCGUGGGCUUUCGAACGCCGAAUAACAAAAUUGUUAUUGUGAUCUCCAAUAAGUCGACUAAAGAACAUCAAGUGAAUAUUCAUGAUUCGAACAAAGGAUGUAUUUCUGUCCGAUUAGAACCGAAAUCAUUUCAUACUCUAUUGUACAAGUAAUUACUUUUUAAUUAA